AUGCCUAGCGGGGCUCGAUCGCGCAGCGGAUGCGCCGCAUGCAAGUCCCAACGGUUGAAGUGCGAUGAGACUUGGCCGUCUUGCGGCAGAUGUAAUCGCCUCGGUAUGAACUGUUCUGGGCCGAUUAUCCGUCUGAGAUGGUCACAAAAGCACCAAGCACGUCCCGAUAACAGACUCCAAAAGCGAACAACACAUACGAAGCAGAGUCUACAGCCAUGGACGACUAGGCACUCCAAUGUUCCAGGCCAGCCGGAAGCUGCUCUCCUGCAUUCAAACUUCUCUUCGUUGCCAUUGGUGUUUGACACUCCGGCUGUCGACGGAAAUUAUGCCCUUUCUCCCAACCACGGCGGCGAUAGCUGGAUUGAUGAAGCGUUCGGAGACAUGAUGCCGGAACUCAUGUCAUUUGGUCUCAUACCGAAUGCUACCACGACAUCAAUCCAAACGCCAGAACUGGUGCAAAUGACAGAGGAAUUCGGCCCAACAGCCGAGACGGCGGUGUUAGACCCAAGAGAGUCAUUACACCAGGAGGGGGAGAUCUCAGCAUCACCCAUAACACCUUUACCGAUUGAUACGAACCGACCGCAAAGCGUCUCAUCUCAACCAGUGCAAAUCGCGAAGACGACACAGCCUUGCACUUCGACAGUUGUCGACCGACCUUUCAACGAUUACAGUACCAUUCUCGUCGAGUACUACUUCAAAGAUACAGCCGCUAUACUCGCCCUAUACGACAGCGAGAUGAACCCAUUCCGUUCAACCGUCUCUCGCGUAUGGACAUCCUCCGAACUCAUAUACUGUACACUGCAGAGCAUGGCUGCGUCAUUUCUCUCCAAUGUCUAUCCUCAGUUGCUAAAUACCGGACUCUACUUUCGACAAAAAGCCAUCCAUCUUCUUAAUGAUCUUGAUGACUCUUCAAUCCAUGAACAGGCGCUGAUAGCCUUGUUCAUGAUUGGUGGAACAGCUAGCUGGUUUGAUGUCAACGACACUGGUUCCGAAUAUUUUCCCCGCCUUAAGAAGCAUGUACAGAGUCUGAAGACUUCCGGUCGCAUGUCGCCGACAGGACAGAGCCAAGCAUUCUUCGAGAAUACUUUGGCUUGCUGGGAAAUUUCAUGGCUGUCAAUCUUCGAAUGCACUCUAACUCUGAUCAGACCGGCAGAUCCAGAUCCAAAACCUGGAUCGAUAUUCCCCGUGGUCCAGAUACCACAUCCUGUAACCGGAGUCGCGCACGAGAUCCAUGCUACUCUCGCAAGGGUCGGUCGUUUGGUCAGAAGAAAUCGUCGUCGUGCCAUGUCCAAACAAUUCCUCACACGGGAUAGCAUUUUGGAGGCGCAUCGCGAGGUUGAUGAAGCAGCGGAAUUAGAAAUAUUCCUCACCAACCUGCAAGUUCCGUUAGAGUCCGCUAUAGUGCAAACGGGCGACUCACAAACACCAACCUGGCAUCUCACAGCCCUUGCAGAAGUGUAUCGCUUCGUUGGCCUUAUUCAGCUGUAUCAUGUCUUCCCCGACACUCUUGUAUCGAGGAUGAACCUCCAGAAUUCACAUCCUGGGGGAGAUGUCGCUGAAGUAUCUGCCCAUGAAGCGGAAGAGAGGUUGAGACAGUUCACGCUCAAGGCCGUCGAGAUCCUCCGCUCAAUACCUGCUGAAUCUGGGACCAAGGACUUUCAUCCAUUCUUGAUAGUCGCAAUCUGCAGUGGACUAAAAAUUCCAGUAGUCGAAGUGUCAGCCUCUCCCCAGACCAUGGCGGGCUUGAGGAACUCGUUAGCUCUAGUGGCGGCUGAUGUUCAUCGGGCGCGGGGAUUUCUGAGGGGCCGACUACAACUGCUUUUGCACUCUCUUCCCAAGAACCCAAUCCAGCGCUGCAUCGACAUAGUCGAGGCUACUUGGACCGAAACAGACAAUCGUCAUGGGAUUUCAGGACGACCUACGUACUGGAUGGAUGUGAUGAUGCAGAAUAACUGGGAGACUUUUAUGGCAUGAUGAGCGAUAAUUGUCAGCCAUUGUUUUCGCAUGGGAGAUGCAAAAUGCCUCAAUUGACAGAUGUCUCGACCG